CUGCUCUGAUCAUAAUCUGCCUUCUGAUUGGUACUAGACUGUGGAAAAGACAGACUGAGAUUUAGUCGGAAAUCCAUAGAGCCACCCGUUUUCAAACUCUUUUUUAUAGCCACCCCUUUUAGCACCCUGGUUUUUGUAGCUACCCUUUUUUACUAUUAAUUAAAUAGCAAUACCCCGUUGUUGUUUUUUAUAGACACCCCUUCUUAAUGUGCUAUUUUUAAUUUAUCUGAUGGCACCAAACCACGCCAGAUCAUGGAUUGGCUUUCGCCCAGUCCUCUUAACACAACGCACCAUAUCUUCCUUUUCCAGCGCUUCCGCAAGCCAUUUGCGGCUUUUGCAAUUACGGUUUCAUCCACGGCGAUGCCUGCAAUCAUUUUAGUUUAGGCGGCAGCUUCGCCGCUCUUGACCGCUUCCAUUACUUAUGUGUUUAUAUGGAUAAUAUGGUGACUGGUGGUCUUAUUUAUACCGUUUGCUAACAAUAAACAGAAUAUUUUCGGCAUUGAGGAAACAUCCAUUCAAGGUGCGCGUCCAGUACUGUAGUAAUUAUUAUGACAAUGUCUUACGUACGGCAAAAUUAUGGUGGAGUGGCGAUAUGCGAUUUCUUUAUUACGGAUCCGACGACCCUCUCCACCUGUCUGACCAUGCACACCGUAGCGGCCAGCAGCAGCGUCAUUGAGCUGUUGUUUCUCAUCUGCCUCCUGAUCUUCAGUCAUGGCUCCCUGUCCCUGUCACGCUACAUGCUGGACCUCAUAAAGAAAGACCACGCGCCGGAUGCCGGGCAGGAGGGGAUCCUGGCGGCCUUUUAUCUCAGUAUCUCCGUCUCCCUGGGGAUCACCGGGCUCCUGCUCAUCGCCAGUGCCGUGCUGGGCUUUUGUUUAUUGCAGAAUAAAUCCAGCAGCAAAACAUCACGCAGUGAUAUCCACACUGAUGCCUGGCUGCUGGCGGCGGCGGUACGGUAGGAGACUCCGUAUUUCUCGGUGGAUCCGCCCACGCGAGUUUGUCUCAAAACGGAGGAGGCCUCGCUCGUUCCCAUGGUAUAGACGCGUGGGAACCGGGCUGCGCCAGUUCUUCGGAUUGUUUUCUUUUUUUGUUUCUGUCGUCUGUGAUACACGCACAAGUGUAACUGGUGUUGUAAUCAGCUCUACAGAUACAUAUUAACGCUGUUAAAUACAGAUACCAUGUUGUACUCUGCAGACACAUGUUGUACGGCUCUACAGAUACAUGGUGUUGUAAUCAGCUCUGUACAUACUUCUAUAUAUGCUUCGUUGCGUUGUUAUUAAUUACUUAUUAUUAUGCUUUCUUCGAUCGGCUUCUUCGUUUGCUGUGAUUUACGUAGGCAAUCUCGGUAUAAUAAUAUGGUUAAAUCGCAAGCCAUCGUUGAUGAAAAGUGCUGCAAGUCUGUAGAGCGCUUUAUUAUGGGAACGGGAAGUGAAAGGUCAAGUUGGUGUAUCUUGCGUCA